AUGAUGAAUCCCAUCAAUACAAACCGCCAGAUUCGGGUGAUCAUUGUUGGGGCCGGUGCUAGUGGCCUUCUAAUGGCCUAUAAGCUCCAGCGCAACUUCGACGAUGUUGAGUUUCAGAUUUACGAGAAGAACCCAGACAUUGGCGGGACCUGGUACGAGAAUCGAUAUCCGGGAUGCGCCUGUGACAAUCGCUCCCCCACAUAUGUUUGGUCCUUUGGUCCAAAUCCGAAUUGGUCAAGCAUCUAUGGCUCUUCCAGUGAGGUCUUUGAGUACUUCAAAGGCUUUCAAUCUCGCCUGAAGCUGAACGAGAAAACAAAAGUGUCUCACCAGGUCAUCGGAGCCAAGUGGGACAGUGAGGUGGGUAAGUGGAACGCCGAUAUCAAAGAUAUCCCAAACAAUACCGUGGUGCAUGAUGCUUGCUUGAAAUAUCCCACUAUUCCGGGGCUGCAUGACUUUGAGGGACAGCUAGUACACAGUUCCCCCUGGGAUACCAACAUUGAUUUAAAGGAAAAGCAUGUGGGAUUAAUUGGAAAUGGAUCACCCGAGAUUCAGAUUCUCCCAGCCAUUCUCCCCGAGGUUGCCAGUUGUACCACGUUUGUUCGAUGGCCAACAUGGGUUGCUGUCAGCGGCCUUUUUGGGUUUCAGCCACGAAGGUUCGAGCCGGAUGAGAAGGACAGGUUCACAAAGGAUCCGAACGCAUUGCUUACCUUCCGGUGUUGGCUUGAGCACAAUAUGAACAAUAUAUACCCUUUGUUCUUUGCAAAGUCCGAGGCUCAAGACGACGCACAUAACCUCUUUGUCGAUUCAAUGAAGGACGCUCUCAACAUCCCGGGGUUAGCGGAGAAAGUUAUUUCUUCAUGGGCCGUUGGCUGUCGACGGUUAACACCCGGUGUGGGAUACCUACAAUCUCUGAACCAUCCCAAGGCCACGGUUGUCCAUGGUGGGAUUAAUAGGAUCACCGGUCGCGGCUGUCAAAUGGAGGAUAGAAAGGAGUAUCCUGUGUACGUGUUGAUCUGCGCAAAAGAUGAGCCCAGGUCCUACCUCGGAAUUACUGAUCCCGGUUACCCCAACUACAAUAUCUUUCUUGGGCCGAAUAGCCCGAUUGGUAACGGACCAGUACUGGUAGGCAUUGAGGCUCAAGCAGACUAUAUCUGCAGACACAUCACGCGUAUUCAACAGCAAGGCGUAAGGUCGAUUGAGGUGACUAAGGAAGCCGUCAAUGACUUUAUCGAGCAUAAGGAUCAAUAUAUGAAAGAUAUGGUGUGGAAUCAAGAUUGUCGGUCCUGGUACAAAGGCAAUACAGCGGACUGGAAGAUAAUUGCGUUAUGGCCUGGGAGUACACUGCAUUAUAUUGACACCCUUCAGCAGGUUCGAUAUGGGGACUACAAAGUACAGUACUUCGGAAACCGCUUUAGCUACUUGGGUAACGGCCCAAAACUUGUACCAAUCUAA